UUUAUUUUUUUCUCGCUUCGUCAGCUUUUUCACUCUUUUACUCAUGUAUUAACACUUGACGACAACAGACUUUCACUUUCACUUUUCUUCAUUGCCAAUUGACAAUUGCAUCCCUUAUUUUAUUUUAUUUUUUUGUAAUCAUUCAAUAACCAACAAUGCCAACUGAUCCACCCUCAGUCCCAGCAGGUCCUACAGCUGCAGAAGGUGUAGCAGCCAUGAUUCCUGUGGCUAAUAUUACACUUGAAGAUGCAUUGCUCGACAACCCCAACUUCAGGGCCAAUAUCAAACUGUUUGAAGGCCAAGUCUACUUCAUUGAGUCCUGGCUUACAGCAAUGCAAAAGACAAUGGCCCAGUUUACAGAAGAAUGGAAACGACUGAAUGAAGUCACCUCUAUCCUCAACAAGCGGGCCGAAAUCCCGUUACUCUCCCAGAGCAUGCUAAGCUCCCAAUACACCAUUCCAGCUAUGAAACUAACUGGUGAAGCAUUUCGGACAACACUGGCACUCAAGCACCAAUAUAUCACAGAGGUGAAUGAAAAAGUUCUCAAGCCGUUGGAUGAUUUCCUAAAGACGGAUCUCAAGGAUUUCAAGGAUGCAAAAAAGGUCUUUGACAAGACUCUAGAAAAGUACGAGAGUAGUUUGGCAAAAUAUAACGGUCAAAGUCGACAGAAAGAACCCAGUGCGCUCAGAGAGGAGGCUUUUCAGCUCUAUGAUACACGCAAAGCCUAUAUCCAGGCUGCCAUGGCUUGCUCAAUGCUCUGUAUCAAGUUUCAAGACUCUUUGGAUCAACUUGUGCUCGGGGUGUUUCUGGAUCUUAUGGCUACUCAACACGACUACUUCUCAGGAAAUGCUGACCACUUGGGAAGCAUGGGCCUACAGGUCCUUCAGCUCAAAACCUACAUGAAGGAGCAUAAAGAAGCAAGUAAAGUAAUGAUUCAGGAACUAGAACAGACAAAGGAACGAUACACAGCUGAUGCUAUCGAAUAUUGGAAACCAAGUCGAUCACUUAAAUGUUAUUCCAAUAACGCUCCUCCUCCACCUCAAAAAUUGGUAUCGACAAUCGGACAUGCUGCAUUGGGCCCUACAUUUGCUGCACAAAUGGCAGGACAAGUUCCAUUCAAUGCACUCCUGCCAAGGCCUGCAACAAUAUCUCAUCCUGGGACAGGUAAUAGUCGGCAACCUAUACCGAUACAGCAGUUUCAGUCACUCUCACAGUCUUCGCCUACCCUUACCGGUAACCAUGCUGCAUCUACAGAGAAUUCAACGUCCACAGAUACUCUUGCUGUCAACACCAACGCAUUAACCAGAUCAAAUAACAACAUCAACACAUCAACUCUCUCACUACCCACCUCAUCCAGCAACUCGUCCAUAUCCACAUCAAAUUCGAUCACGCCAUAUUCCGCUACCUUCAAUCAAUCAGGUGUAACUUUGAAUGAAAUCAUUCCAACAACCAAACAAGGUUACCUUAAUAUUCGAAUUCCUCAACCCAAAAAUCGAGCCCCUGUUUGGCAACGCAAAUACUUCUUUAUCCAAGAAGGCGAGUUUGGGUUUGAGAGUGUUGUUUCAAACCCAACAGUAGGAUCACAAGUAGUUCAAAGUGAACGAAUUCAAGUGUUACUUUGUGAGGUUCGGUAUGGGUCCACUUCGAAUUCUCAAGUCACAUUGAACGGAGGUGGGAACCCCGCCUCUGGAAGCCAAGGGCUUGCUAUGGUUCAGAUGGAGCGGCGUUUCUGCUUUGAGGUCAUUUGCGCUACACAUAGUGGUUACCCUUCUGCAGCCAGAUCAUACCUACUCCAAGCAGAGUCAGAAGAUGAUUUGAUGAGCUGGGUCAACACAUUCGAAGCGGCUAAGCGGGAUAUGCUUAUGCAACAGAGUAUACCUCGGUCUCCAGAACCAGAUGAGCCCUAUUCACCCAUGCCUGAUUCUGGCAAUCCAACGUUUUCAUUUUCAGCGGAUGACCUACUUGAAGCUCACACAAGGGCUAACAACGCCAAUAAUAAUACAGAGGAGGCCGAGGAGUCAAAGUCGACAUCGCUAGGACCUUUAGGAUGGGCUGCUAAUGUGCCUGGUGUCAGUUUAUUAUUGAGUUCGGUCGCUGGAAAGUUAGACUCAUCAUCCGACUCCAUAGAUAAACCCGCAGGUCAGAUGGACCCUUCGUCAACGGAAGCAACACAAAUGAAAGGCGCUGCAGGGUUACCAGCAUCGGAUGUUUCGCAGGCUCCAACGUCAGUACCGCCAUUAUCACUUCAAUUAUCGGACCGAUCUCCACAAGACCUUGAUGCAGAUGCGUCAUCAGCUCACGAGAGGUCUCGGUUAAUAGGAGAUAAUUCUGCUACUUCUGCUACCACCACGACUAUUAUUGAGUCACAGCGCUCUGGUCACAUUCAUCAGCAAUCUGAAAUUGAGAAACUGAUGACUAGCUCCCUUCAUCUGAUCCCUAAGGUUGUGCCCCCCACCGCUUCUGAAAUUCCUCACUAUCCUAUGGAGCUGGUUGUGCGGAACCGGGAGUUGCAUAUGCGGUUUCAUGGAACAAAAGUGCAUUCAAAAGAAUAUGUGCUUCAUUCAUGGACCAGUGGAUACAGAGAUAAUUCUCGGCCAGACCAUCCAAUCAUGGUCUAUGGUCGGAUAUUUUUAACCCAAUCAGGCAUGUAUUUUUAUGCCCGUGGACUGAGUGUGGAGACUAAACGGAUGUAUCGGUUCUCAUCAAUCCGGGGGAUUGAAUGUGAGCAAAAAGAUAUAUCGACUGAAUGGCGGAUUGAGACCAUGGAUGGAGUUCAACAUAUCUUUCAGCAGUUCACGCUUAAGGAUACGGAAUACCAGGUUUUGCAUCUGAUUUGGACGAAUGCUCAUCAAGGGGAGAAGAAGGGUCGCUUACCGGUCAAGGAAUUGUUCAGAAGAAUCAUGUCGAUUACAAACAAACCGAAGGGCAGUGCAGGGUCGGGGUCUUUAGCAGAGACAGAAUCAGGUCAUUUAGCAUCACGCGAGGGAGCCACGCAUUCCCCUACAUCAACAGCAAGUGGUGAUAAGCCUGGAGAGGAUAAUGUGGCAUGGAAGGAUGAAGGCGAAGACCUUCCUACAGGGUUCGAGGUCCCAUCAGAGCCAGUAUCCUGUAAUUGUCCUGGACACCUGGAGAAGAAUGAAUUGGAUCAAACGUUUGAUGUUUCGGCUAAGACAAUGAGUCAAUGGUUGUUUGGUAAGGAUAGUCCAAUCUGGAAGGAGUUCCAUGAACGUCGAAGCAACACAGUUCAGAGCGUUGAAGAAUGGACGACAAAUGGGACAGCAAAAUCACGAGUGGUGAAAUACUUGAUGGUGGUCAAUAAUCCGCUUGUGAAGCUGAAUCAAACCGAUUGUGUAGAAAACCAGACCUGUGAUGUUGAGGAUGAGUAUCUUCGCUACUCCUAUGUGGUUAAAUCUAAUGUCCUGGCAAUGCCUUACAGUGAUGCCUUCACCCCUGUUCUCCGAUACUGUAUCACAUUUGUCUCUAAGACUUCUUGCAAGCUGACCUGCUCUAGUGGGAUUGAGUGGCACAAAAACCCUAUGGUCAAGGCUAUGAUCAAGGGAGCGAUCAUCAAGGGUACAGCUGAAACUGUGAAAGACCUUGUUGAAAUCAUUCAAUCCCACAUACGACGUUGCAAAGCGGGACUCAAUAAUUCAGGAGCAACGACUGGAUCGACAGGUAAUAGUGGAGAAGAUGCUAGCCACCAAAGAAGUGAUUCUGCCGCAAACAUCACAAUUUCGCUUCAUGGACCAGACGAUGAUGCACAAAGUGUUAUUUUGAGCCCACAAGAUGCAAAUGGUCCAAGUAGAAAGAACCUGGCAGUAAUGCGUGGCUCAAGGGAUGCUCGAGGAAGGCGCCAUACUGUCAGUACAGAUACAUCAGGGCCCGGUGCUGUAACACAUUUAGGUCCGCGAGUCAAGGGUCAUUGGCCCACCGGUUCAAAUCCAUCCUUUGUGCCCAUUGGGUCCAAAGCUAGCCGAACACGGCUGUUAGGUAAACCUAGCAAAAGUACACUGAAUGAUCUGUAUAAUGAAAACAAGACCAAGACCAAAGCCAAGGACGUGGAUGGGACAGCAAUGCAUAGAAUCAUGGACUGGCUCAAAGGAUUAACGAAUUGUAAAGAUGAAAAACAACGACGCUCUUUUUCAACACGCCUGCUUUAUUUGGUUCUCCUGACCUCAUCUCUGAUCAAUAUCUGGGCAGCCUAUAACAGUCAAAGGAUGCUGACCUCUACAUGGAAGCUGAAACAGGAUGAACCGCUCAGUACCAAAGGUCCAACGCUGUUGAGAGGAUACCAAGAGCCAUUUUACCGCAUUUUCAGCACUGGCCAUGGAUAUACUGAGAGCGAGCAUGCUUUUAAGAACGUACGAGUGGCUGCCAGGGCAGUGUAUCUGAAGGACUUGGAGGAGCAGAUGCAAAGUGGGGAACUGGAAGGAUUUGGUGAUGGACGAACAAUCAACCAAAAAUGUUUCGAGAUCUUCCUAGAAGUCCGAGACUCAUUUCGUCCUCAACUUCAGCAGCAAAGGCCUCGAGAGGAACCAACGUCAUUGGCACCCCCGAAUCCAACAGCAGCAGCAACAGCAACUUCGUCAGGUUCGCCAACAUCAUCAAAUCCAUUUGAAAAUUAUUCGAAGGCUAUAGUGCCAACACCUUAUCCAUGGCUAUCAUUACAUCAUCGUCAAUGGGCUACUAAGCUUAUCUACCAAAGAGAUCGGGUUGGGAUUCUGAGGCAUGAUUUGUUGUUGACUUUCGAUACGCUGAAGCAGCUGGAGCGGCGAUUGUUGGAGACGGAGUAUAUCAAUUGGAUCAUGGAUGAACGGAGCCGUUGUCGUCUCUGGGAGAGAAGAAGACGGGUUUCGGCACAAUUGACUGAAACAGACGAUAAAAAGAAGACAGUAGCAAAAGUUAUGGAUAAGAAGAGUGGUGAAGAUUCGUUACCAUCAGAUAUGGGUACAGAGUAUUUGGUGGACAUUGAGCCCCACUCUGGGACACAGGACGAGAUUCAAGAACGGAUUGCUCGGUCAAAGUUAAACCAUUCGAAUACUCCUUCAUCUUCAAGAGGUCAUCCACCUUCGUCCUUGAAUGGUGCUGGGGAUGAUAAUGCAGCAGAACAUGAAGCACACGAUGAUUUUAAUGAUGACAUCGAUGAUGAUAGUCAUACUGGGGAGACUCGUCAAAAGCGGCUGCGUAAGAUGGAGAUAGCACAAGAGUUCUGUAAGACACUGGAACACCAGAUCGAACUGCUCAUGCUUGACAAGUAACAGCCUGCACAAAAGUGAGAAAC